UGAGAGAUUUUAAUUCAGUAGUUCGAACGUGACGAGUUGUUACAGACAUUUAUUCAGUUUAUUGGCUACAGUGCUUAACGAUUAUAUUGCAUUGUGAGCAAUCAACAAGUAGGAAGUUCAUUAAAAUGAGAACAAAAAUUUUGUUACGGAGAAUGUGCGAUGACGAAUGAUAUUAUUUCAAAAAAAUAUUUGAUGACAGCAACUGACUUUCUUGUAAUAAAAAAAACCUUGGUGAAAUAAACAUGAAACAAAGGAAAAUUUACAUCCACUCCGAGAAAACAUGAGCAGUGAGUGAUGAGUGCAUUAAAUGGAAACAUCUGCUUGUUCCGUCGAUAGAAUGAAUAAUCAGGAAAACAAUACUAAUCGCUAAGCUAUAAGUUAGUAUAAAUUAGAUUAAUAAGAAAUUCCUAAGGUCUAAGUGACUGUGGUCCCAUUUUAUUAAAUGGGCUAAAUUAUUGGUUGCGGAAAGAACGAAUAUUUGGAUUUCACUUUUCAAGAUCAGGAUGGCAUCAGCUCACCAAAUUGACACUUCUCUACUGGUUACUCCUGCUCUUCGUAUUAACACAAAGCAUAACACUUCUGCUUCUUGCACAGAGUGUACACCUUUAUUACCUGCAUCCAGACGACCAGCACAUAAUAGAAGGGAAAUUAAUUUCCCAUUGCUAUCACUAUUAAUGCUUCUGUUUAUUGGAAUCAUUGUUGGGACUUACUUGUUGGUGCGAGAUAACCAAUCGAUUGAUGUGAAAUUGGUUUUUGAUAUGGUGGAUCGUAUCGAAUGGGACUCGAAUGAUAUUCACUUAGGAACGGAUUUGAUCAGUACAAAUGUGCAUAAUAUUUACAUAAUGCAAACGAACGGAUAUGAUUGUCAUAGUAAUGCGGACUGUGUAGACGUCGUAAGAAACAUGCAGAUAACAGCUUCAGCAACAGACAACUCGAGUUUACCGUACAAUUUCCUCAUUGGAGGUGAUGGUGAGACAUACGAGAUCCGUGGAUGGUCGGAACAAUGUGGAUUUUCAUUCGUACCUCGGAACUCAUCCCUGACCAUAGGAGUCAUCGGAUCAUUUAAUAAGCAUCCGCCGCCGAACGAACAGCUAACCGAAACGUAUGCUCUAAUAUCUGAAUCAUUGCGACGUCACAAAAUCACAGAAAAUUACCGAAUAUAUGGGGUUCGAAACAGAUCGAUUUCCGCAACCAAUAGUGAAGCUCUGCUUACAUCAAUUUCGAAAUGGGAUCAUUGGGAUUCGACGGUUAAUCUUAAGUUGUGAACGACUGUAUCUAUAGGAUUUGGUUAAUAGUAUUAUUUAUGUUGAGCACAGGGUGUUUUUAUGUGUGUGAGAAACUUUGCCAUAGUAUUAGGGGCCAUUCACAAAUUACGCACGCGGUGGACGGUUAAUUUUUGACCCCCCCCGUUUCGCACGCAUUUUUCAUAUAAAAAUGUCUUAUUUCUGACCCCCACCCCCCCUCCCCCCUUAGGUGAGUGCGUAAUUUGUGAAUGGCCCCUUAAAGCCUAUCUUAUAAGUGACUCUAGCCAUGCGAGGUUUAAAUUAAACUGAAAUACGUGA